ACUCAGCAAAAAUGUUCUGGCUCUUUUGGUGGAGAAUGUCAGCGGUGUUCCUGAGAAGGACUUUAGCAUGGAACUAAUACCUGAAUUAAACACAGCAGUUUUGACCUUUAAUAACCCCAGUGCUGUAGGAAAGUUUCUUGAAGAGAGCCAGACACACAAAAAGUUCCAGGACUAUGGUCUGAAGGCCUGUGCCCUGGAGAGAAGCACAUGUGUGCGUGUGGAGAAUCUUUCAGCUGAGGCCAAUAAUAAGAUGCUGCUUGAGCUGUAUUUUGAAAAAUGGGGCGGUCCAGUAGAAGAAACCAUCAUAGUUCCAUUAGAGCAAGCAGCCAUCAUUACCUUUACAAAUGAAGAAGACAAGGAUAAGGUUUUGAAGAUGGAGCAUAAGAUCAGCAAUGUUCCAGUCAAGAUCUACCCCUACUAUAAAUCCCUGGACACAGCCUUGUAUGGCAACAACAGACCAACAUUGAAGCUGCCUGAACCCAUUACAGUCAGUGUACAUCCUGCCAUCAGGAAGUUCCUUCUCAAGAAAAGCCUAAUUUCUUCUAUCAAUGAUAAGAUGAGCAAACAAUUCUGCCAAAUAGACAUGGACAAACCUGAAGUUCUGCUCAGUCCUGAUCCAGCAUUGCUGAAACAGAAAGGUUUAACCAAAAGACACAUUGAUUGCUGGGCAAAGAACGCCUCAGACGCCUUUAAGACCAUUAUAUCCAACUAUACCGCCUUUGAGUUGCCAGUGUUGUACCAUGUGUGGACCAAAGCGGAGAGUGAUAUCAAGGGACUGGUCACAGAUCAAGUUUUUAUAUAUAUGGAUGCGUCUAAAGGGGCCCUCACAAUGGCUGGUGCGACCCAUGACAUAAAUGGGCUGAAAUCUGUUGUGGGUAAAAUGUUGGAUCGAGCAUCGACUCAAAUGGAGAGCGAGAGGAACAGCAUCACAAACGAUGUGAAAGUGACACCUGCUGUUCACUCUCAAAAUUCCGCUCCAUCUGGAAGUGAAGCAGAGGCAAACCUUCAAGGGUCAUAUGCUGUGGUUUUGCAGAAUGUUUCAGUUGAAACGAAUAAAGAUGUUUUGGCUCUUUUGGUGAAGAAUCUCAGUAGUGUUCCUGAAAAGGACUUUAGCAUGGAACUUAUACCUGAAUUAAACACAGCAGUUGUGACCUUUCAUAGCCCCAGUGCCGUAGGAAAGUUUCUUGAAGAGAGCCAGACACACAAAAAGUUCCAGGACUAUGGUCUGAAGGCCCGUGCCCUGGAGAGAAGCACAUGUGUGCGUGUGGAGAAUCUUUCAGCUGAGGCCAAUAAUAAGAUGCUGCUUGAGCUGUAUUUUGAAAAAUGGGGCGGUCCAGUAGAAGAAACCAUCAUAGUUCCAUUAGAGCAAGCAGCCAUCAUUACCUUUACAAAUGAAGAAGACAAGGAUAAGGUUUUGAAGAUGGAGCAUAAGAUCAGCAAUGUUCCAGUCAAGAUCUACCCCUACUAUAAAUCCCUGGACACAGCCAUGUAUGGCAGCAACAGACCAACAUUGAAGCUGCCUGAACCCAUUACAGUCAGUGUACAUCAUGCCAUCAGGAAGUUCCUUCUUAUGAAAAGCCUAAUUUCUUCUAUCAAUGAUAAGAUGAGCAAACAAUUCUGCCAAAUAGACAUGGACAAACCUGAAGUUCUGCUCAGUCCUGAUCCAGCAUUGCUGAAACAGAAAGGUUUAACCAAAAGACACAUUGAUUGCUGGGCAAAGAACGCUUCAGACGCCUUUAAGACCAUUAUAUCCAACUAUACCGCCUUUGAGUUGCCAGUGUUGUACCAUGUGUGGACCAAAGCGGAGAGGGAUAUCGAGGGACUGGUGACAGAUCAAGUUUUUAUAUAUAUGGAUGUGUCUAAAGGGGCCCUCACAAUGGCUGGUGCGACCCAUGACAUAAAUGGGCUGAAAUCUGUUGUGGGUAAAAUGUUGGAUCGAGCAUCGACUCAAAUGGAGAGCGAGAGGAACAGCAUCACAAACGAUGUGAAAGUGACACCUGCUGUUCACUCUCAAAAUUCCGCUCCAUCUGGAAGUGAAGCAGAGGCAAACCUUCAAGGGUCAUAUGCUGUGGUUUUGCAGAAUGUUUCAGUUGAAACGAAUAAAGAUGUUUUGGCUCUUUUGGUGAAGAAUCUCAGUAGUGUUCCUGAAAAGGACUUUAGCAUGGAACUUAUACCUGAAUUAAACACAGCAGUUGUGACCUUUCAUAGCCCCAGUGCCGUAGGAAAGUUUCUUGAAGAGAGCCAGACACACAAAAAGUUCCAGGACUAUGGUCUGAAGGCCCGUGCCCUGGAGAGAAGCACAUGUGUGCGUGUGGAGAAUCUUUCAGCUGAGGCCAAUAAUAAGAUGCUGCUUGAGCUGUAUUUUGAAAAAUGGGGCGGUCCAGUAGAAGAAACCAUCAUAGUUCCAUUAGAGCAAGCAGCCAUCAUUACCUUUACAAAUGAAGAAGACAAGGAUAAGGUUUUGAAGAUGGAGCAUAAGAUCAGCAAUGUUCCAGUCAAGAUCUACCCCUACUAUAAAUCCCUGGACACAGCCUUGUAUGGCAGCAACAGACCAACAUUGAAGCUGCCUGAACCAAUCACAGUCAGUGUACAUCCUGCUAUCAGGAAGUUCCUUCUCAAGAAAAGCCUAAUUUCUUCCAUCAGUGAUAAGAUGAUCAGACAUUUCUGCCAAAUAGACAUGGACAAAUCUGAAUUUCUGCUCAGUCCUGAUCCAGCACUGCUGAAACAGAAAGGUUUAACCAAAAGACACAUUGAUUGCUGGGCAAAGAACGCCUCAGACGCCUUUAAGAGCAUUAUAUCCAACUAUACCGCCUUUGAGUUUCCAGUGUUGUACCAUGUGUGGACCAAAGCGGAGAGUGAUAUCAAGGGACUGGUGACAGAUCAAGUUUUUAUAUAUAUGGAUGCGUCUAAAGGGGCCCUCACAAUGGCUGGUGCAACACAAAACAUAAAUGGGCUGAAAUCUGUUGUGGGUAAAAUGUUAGAUCGAGCAUCGACUCAAAUGGAGAGAGAGAGGAGCAGCGUCACAGAGGUUAUGGAGGUGACACCUGUCAUGUACUCUCUGCUUCAACAAGACGGUCUGCAAAAUGCCCUAACUGCUUCUCCACAACUGCAUCUUGACUACGACAAGAAAAUAAAUAAAUUGCAUUUGUCAGGCCUUCAAACAGAAAUUCUCACCAUCAAGAAUUGGGUCCUUGAGAAGAAAAUAAGUAUGAAAAAGAUGCCUUUAAAGGUUGAUCGUUCAGUACUAGAGUUCUUGAGAUCGUUUGAUUGUGAUGAGAUGUCUAAAGACCUGUUUUUAGCUAAAGGAAUAAGUGCUGUGUACACUGUAGAAAAUGAAGAUCUUGUUUUGAUUGGAAGCACACGACAAGCCCUUUCUGAGGCAGAGAAGAAGUUGAAUACGGUUCUUCAGUCUAAAGACAUCAUUGUUGAAGAUAAGGCUGUUCUUGCAUUGCCACAGUGGCAAGAUCUCCAUAAACAACUGCAAAGUUUAUACAAUACAUCCAAGAAGAGGAUAGUGUUGAUAAAUCUUUCACUGCAAAGAGAUAAAGUAAUAGUGUCUGGAUUCAGAGAACCAGUAGCAGAGGUCAGCCGCAACUUAGAAGACUUCAUUGAGAAACACACUAAAGUUGAUGAAUUGGUUCGUGUUAAGUCACAUGCAGUGGUCGAAUUUAUGAAAGAGAGAAAAUCAGAUGACUGGCAGCAUUUUAUGAAGUCUGAUGAGGUGACAGUGGGUUUUGAUUCCAUAAGACCCAGGAUCAAACUUUCUGGAGAGCGCAGGUUUGUCCAGCCAGCUAUGAGUUUCUUCAAAAAGAUGGCGGAUGCUCUGUACACGGACACGCUGAUCAUUAAGAAGGCAGGAGCAAAGAAAUUCUUCAAGGAGGAAGGUAGAUAUAUGUUGUCAUUUUUACUGAAGGAAAAAGGAUUUGUGAUUGUUCUCCAGGAAGAUCACAUGCUGGACGAAGAAGAGGAGGACGAUAAAGGCAAAGAUAGACGUAGUUUAGACAAACGUAGAAUUAGCGACAGAGCCAUUAGAAAGGAGCUUGCUGCGUUUUACCCAAAAAUGAAUGUCCCCCAUCAUAAGAAACCUCUUGGGCAUGGAAGCUAUGGACACAUACAUCACGGCUUUCAUGGUCAAGGGAAUCAAGGAAAUAGAAACCAAAAAUUUGGAGAUCACAGUUAUGAUCAUAGAAAUGUUGAAAGGCAAGUACACAGAAGAAAAGAAACGGACUACACUGGUGUCAGUUCAGCGAGAUAUGAUGGGUUGACUGUUCUUGAGACCACAGAGGAGAGACUACAAACCUUUCUGAGCAAGGAGAACAUUGAGGAUGCAAAGGCUGAUGUCAUUGUAAACACUACAUUUGACGACUUGGACCUCAAUAACGGUGCCAUUUCCAAGGCACUCCUUAAAACAGCUGGGCAGCGACUCCAGGAAGAGUUCACAGGCCUCCUGGGCAAAGUCUCUACUCCCUCUCUUGGGGUCAUCACUAUGCAGGUGGGUCAAGUGACUCUGGAGGUAUCAUCAGGAGACAUAACUAAAGAGAACACUGAUGCCAUUGUCAACUCUUCAAAUCAGACAUUUUCUUUGAAAUCAGGUGUAUCAAAGGCAAUUUUAGAGGCUGCAGGGUUACAGGUUGAACAAGAGUGUUUACAGACUGUAAGUGCAUCAAAUUUCCAGCAAACAGAGAUUGUGACGUCAGCUGGGCGGCUCCCAUGUGGAAACAUCAUCCAUAUUGUGGGCCGUAAUCAACCAUCUGAAAUUAAAGAUGUUGUUUUGUCUGUUCUGAAGAUGUGCGAGGCAAACCAACUGUCCUCUGUUGCCUUCCCUGCUCUUGGCACAGGUCAUGGUAGAGCAAACCCAGCAGAUGUUGCAGAUGCAAUGGUUGAUGCUGUUGUUGACUUUGUGAAGAAAGCGAAACUGUCGAGUGUAAAGCUGGUAAAGUUCCUUAUAUUCCAGGCGAACAUGGUGACUGAUUUUCACAAAAGCAUGCUCCGAAGAUCGGGUGAAAAAUUGGAGGAGGAAAAAGGGAUUAUGGACAGGAUAAAAGGCUGGACAAAAGAACUUAUGUCUUCAAACACUUCAGAAUCUCCCAAAAAUGAAGAGUUUGUGAUCGGGGUUGAGGAAAUUGAACCAGCCGUGUUUCAGCUGUGCGGAGAUUCUCCACAGGACUUGAAUAAGGCCAGAGACAUGAUCAACAGCUUGAUAUUAAAGGAGUAUGUGAACAUUCCAAUCCGUGAUUCGGCCAUUAGUCAUUUUACUAAGGAGGAUGCAGAAAUGCUGAGCACCAUGCAGAGAGAGCUCUCGGUGAGCAUUAAACAUGAGAGCAAAGAUCAAGACCCUGUCAUCACAUUGGAGGGACUGAUGAGAGAUGUGCACAUGGCUGAAAGUCGUAUUCAGGACAUGAUCCGUAGGGUGGAAAGGGAUGAAGCAAAAGACGUGAGGGAUUUAAAUCAGCACAUGAAAAACUUUGAUAUGAUGACCAAUUAUGACCUGGAAAAGGCCUUUCAGAAAAAACAAAAUUCCAUCAGAAUCAAGAUUUAUAAUGAUGAGUACAAUGUUGAUUUUGUUCGUCUUCGGGCUUCAAGAGGUAGUGGGUGGAUUGAACUGUAUAGAAUAGAUUAAACAGGUGAGUUUAUCUUAAACUCAUGGUAGUCUUUUAGACAGUGAUUAUGUAGUCCUCAUGUACAAUGAUGUUUAAAAAUUAUUACAAGUUGAAAUUUCUUGUAUCGAUUUUUAGAUGCUCAAUAUUCUUUGCCUUCACACUGGAAGGAAAUGAUGGGCCAGACAGUUGAUCUCGUAACAUAUUGAGUAUAAAAUAAAGGUUUGCUGACUGAUUUAGAAUGUAAAAGAGUAUAAAUAACACUUGAUAUUUGUAUAUAAUAGAACACAUCA